AUGAGCGGCGGCGCUGUUAGUGUCGUUCUGGACGGUCGGCAGGCCUCUCAACGACAUGUCAACAGUGCGAAGGACUCGACCGCCCUUCAAGGUGCAAGCGUGGCAUUCAAUGCCCAUCCAGCGCAGUCCGGUUUAUCGAAUGCCUCCCGGAAUACAAGCAAAACGAUUCGAGCAUCUGCGAUGGCCGAUCCUACUAAGCGUGAUGUGAUAUCUGAUGAGAAUGAUACUGUAUCCGAAAUGCCGCAAGAUGGUCUUGUGACGGAUAGGAUAAAGCAGUUCUCUGGAAACCUAGCUCCUAGAAGCGCGCACUCGCUUGUUUCAAACAGAGAAGAGUGGCCUCCUUCCAAAGAAACAAGUUUUCAGGUCCAAGCUGCCGCUUUAGCUGCAGCGAGGUCUGCCAGUCGAACCCCCCAGACUACCUCACCCACCCCGUCGGUGCUUCCAACUCGUAUACUGAGAGAUGGAGAGCAUUUUCCAAUACAUGAGACAGGGUUGAGGAAGUCCAAACCGGCUAUUUUGGGUAGUCCAAGUCCAAGGCCACUGCCUGCACCUGUUCCUGUUCGGAAGAGUCCUGCUGUUGCAAGCUCGCUUGAAAGCAUGGCAGACCAGAGCAAAGCCAAACCACUGCUACCUAGUCGGAGUAGGUCUACUUUGAGCGUUGAAGAACGCCCAUUACGAUCCCCAGUGCCAAGGGAGGCUGCUCAUGACCGGCCAGGGACCCAGGCUAUCACUCCAUUCUCUACUGGUCAACAGCCAAAGCAUUUAAUCCAACGUUCUAGCGAACUACAAACUGAGCAGCAUAACCGUAACAUGAUUCCUUCUGUACCCCGGCCAAGGCGAACUGCAGCUACUCCCCAGGAAAGGCCACCCAGGCCCCAACCACCUCCCAGGCCGACUAACUCAUCCUUUCAAGAAGAAAUAUAUACGGAUUCUUCAUCUCCCAUUCCACAGGAGCGAACUUCUAGCAAUCGUAGCAUCACUCGUUCUAGCUCUGUCAGUACACGUUCUUCGUACAAUACUUCAACAUCGGAUCUAGGACGGGUAUCAGCGCAUGCCCAAAGCUCUACCCGCCAGGAUAAAAGCCAUACAAAUGAGGCAACUGGGAUGACCAAAGAAUCGUUGGCUGAUGCAAUUGUCGCGUCUUCUCUGGCGUCAUCUCGGUCAUCUCGCGCUGCGUCGCCGCUGAAGGAGCCACCGCCUCUUCCACCGCAUCGUCGCACCCGCUCGCGCUCGCUUUUAAACCCUACAGAUAUGUUCAAGGGUGAACAGCACCGUACGACACCAAGUCCGUCCAAAGGACUACGACAAACUCUUAGAGAUCCAUCCAAGUCAGAUGAUGAAGCUACUAAACAACAUAGUGGGCGACAUUUGAUCCGACAUCACCCUCAUAAGUAUCAUGAAGGUGACCGGAAACGAUGGCGGCAAGAAGUCCCAGAACGCGAACGUAAACGAUAUGAAGGAGUGUGGGCUGCCAACAAAGGACUGUGGAUACCUCCGGAGUCACUGAUCUACGAAAUGUUACCCUACGUACCGCGCACUCUUGUACUUUCGGAUAUGGUAGUGCAUCUCGUGGUGAGGGACAUCUGGUUGCGCAGUCGCUUACCCUCGCAUACACUCGAAGCAAUAUGGGAUCUUGUGGAUCACAAUCGCAUUGGCCUGCUGUCACGAGAGGAGUUUGUGGUCGGCUUGUGGCUCAUCGACGAAAGCCUCAAGGGACAUAAGAUCCCCGUCAAAGUACCGGACAGUGUCUGGGACUCGGUGCGACAUUCGCCAGGCAUUAAAGUGCUCCAUGGACUUUGA